ACGCAGUUUACAGCAUGGUUUAUACCUGCACUGUGGACAGAUUUCUAGUCUCUUAUACGCCUAUAGAAGUCUUUGAAAUGAGUAUUUCAUCCAUACAUGUCUCCUAUUGUUUGCCUCAGCUCUUAGGUUGUAGUUCGUCUCCCAGCCAGUAGGUAGAGACGUUCAUCUUUCUGGUUAGAAGUGAGCAAAAUGGCGAUGCCCGGGUCAGGAAGGUCUGCCAGUUUACUGCCAUCAGUUACUUUCCAGAUUCUGCUGAAACUGACUACAGUCUACUUUGUCUUCUAUUUCCUGUUCACUCUCAGCUUGAUCAUCAGAAAGAGCUUGGUGCUGUCUUAUCCUGUUGAUGCUCUGGUCACUGAUGUCAGUCUGCUGUUCCUCCUGGCUGCUCUGGAGUUCCUCCAUUUCUUCUGUGGUGUGAAGGGCAACCUGACGGAGAGCGAGGGCUUUAUUCUUGCUAACAUCUUCAUGACGGGGACGACCAUCCCGCUGACGGUCUACUUCCUGGUGUGGCAGACAUACGUGAUGUGGGCAGAUGUUGUCAUCAGCAGUGUCUUGCUCGUUGUCUACGGCUUAAAUGGAAUCUUGGCUUUCAGCACUUUAGCCAGAAUAACAAGUGUCUAUUCGUGAAAAAGCUGACUCCACAUCGUCACGUCACAGCUGAAGUCACAACACGUCUGCACUUCCUUGGUACAACCAAAGAUCAAGACUUUGCCUUUAGGACUGAAUGUUUGAAUAUUUCUAAGGAUAAGAAGAAAAAAUAAAAAGUGACAGUUCA